GAGUGGCAGGGUGAGUCAGGGUGCUGUCUGUGCUUUCUGACUGGGGCUGGGCAGUGGGCAGCAGAGAGGACGCUGGUGAAGAGCUGAGGAGUAACUGACGUAAAGACUGAACGCUGAAGAGAAAACACAGAGAGAGAGAGGUUUGAGGCUGGAGCUAUGAGGGUGGGAGCCGCAGCCUUGGCUGGGGGUAUAUUUGGGGCAGUAGGGACUCUGUGUUUCUUCUUGGCCUUUGGUACAGACUACUGGCUGGUGGCCAGUGACAACUGUGGACCGCAUACAUGGCCAACACAAACAACACUGACAGGAGAAAAAGAUGCCAAUGGGACUGAGAUCAGCUUAGUGGAGGCAUUGGAUGCUUCUCCUCCUUCUCUCACUCUGCACCAUGAGGGCUUCUUCUGGCGCUGCGUGUUUCAGGUGGAGCCCACAGCGCAUGCAGUCCUGGCCACUCUCUUCACAAACCAGCCUGAAUCAAAGAUCUGUGUGCAUGGUUACCUCUUCCCCCUGCCUGUCACACUUGGACAUGUGCCUCAUCCAAAUUAUGACACCACGGCAGUGUUUCGGGGUUUCUGGACCAUGUUGAUAAUCCUUGGCCUGGUUGCAGCCCUAACUGGAGGCUUCCUCUUGGUCUGUGGUGUCCCCUUCAUCAGCCACAGACUGUACAAGCUGGGCGGUGCUUUCCUCAUCGCAGCUGCCUGCUUGUUCCUGUUCAUGCUGCUGCUCUAUGUCCUGUGGAUGGAGGUGGUGGAGGUGAAGCACUACAUCCUGCAGGAGAGAGGAGAGGCGUGUCCACAUGCACAGGUUUCAGUGCUCUACGGCCUGUCGUUCAUGGUGGCGGCUGCUGGCGUGCCUCUGGAGCUCAUCUCCGGGUUGGUCUUCAUGCUAGUGAGCCGUGCGCUGCGUGCCAGCAAGUGAGCUUGCCAUGCAGCCUGCGGGCGAAGAAAAGACUGACCUUUUAAUGUCCUGCCCUGGGACUCGGCAGCACACUUGUGGGAUGUAAAUGCUGGCUGAGAAUACAUGAUCAAUAUUACAGCACCACCCUUUGGAUGGCAAGUAGCAAGCAGCCAGUGGUGUAGAGGUUGUUGUAGAACCUGUUUUGCUUUAUUUCUGUAAAAAAAAAUCAAUACUUAUUUUAGAAUAAUAAUACAACAGUAACUCAGUUUUACAGUUGAUGGGAUUAAUUUGAUAUGACGUGUCACUGGCAUCAGGGAGCCUUGAGACUGUUUUUUUUUUCUAAACAAAAUUGUGUGAAUAUAAAUAUUUCUUUCACUG